AUGAGCAACCCGUAUCGAAAAAGCAGCUACGGUGGACACGACGGCUCCGGCCAAACCGAUAUGCCAAGGAAAUCCAUGGACUCUGGCGGUAGCCAUGUAGACGCUACCUCAACUGGAUAUCGUCAUAGUACCGACCAUGGACGCAGCUCAGGCUCAGCCGGUAAUGCAGGCAUGUUCAGUAUCCCUGAGUACUCAAGUCCUGCUUCAGAAUGUGAAUCUGGCACCCAGGUCGAUGAGCGAAACCGAUACUUUCACUCUAGAAGAGUAAAACCUGGCGAGGUCGAGAAACCAUGGCUUGAGAAAACCAGCUCCAAGGAGAAAUGGGUUACCAUUCUUCCCUUACUCGCUAUUUUCCUCGGCCUUGUUGGAUCUGGCUUUCUCGUCUGGGAUGGCGUCAGAAGUGUGGUCAAGAACAAGUACUGUCCAGUUAUGGAUGAGGACUUUAGUCAGGGUUUGGACCCCAACAUCUGGACUAAAGAGGUCGAAGUUGGUGGAUACGGAAAUGGCCAGUUCGAGGAAACUACCGGUAACGAUGAGAAUGUCUACGUCGAAGAUGGUAAACUUGUCAUCAAAGCGACCCUGCAGGAUUCAAAGUUGAUGCAAAAGAACAAUGUCAUCAAUCUUCUUAAAGAUGGUACCUGUACUUCCGAAACUUGGUCCAACUGCGUUGCUGCCACCAAUUUGACUGGAGGAAACGAAACCGUGAUCCCUCCCGCCAGGUCUGGCCGUAUCAAUACCAAGAAGGGCGCAAACAUCAAGUAUGGCCGCGUUGAAGUCACCGCCAAGCUCCCCGAAGGUGAUUGGCUCUGGCCUGCUAUCUGGAUGCUUCCAAAGACAAGUAAGUAUGGUUCUUGGCCUCGCUCUGGUGAAAUCGACAUCAUCGAGUCGCGUGGAAACAAUUGGACCUACAAGCAAGGUGGAAACGAUAUUGUUUCCUCGGCGCUGCACUGGGGACCAAACCCCGCCAACGAUGGUUGGUGGAAGACCAACAACAAGCGAAAGGCUUUGCACACAACAUACAGUGCCGGCUUCAACAUGUUCGGCUUGGAGUGGUCUGAGAAAUAUCUAUUCACCUACGUCAAUACCCGCCUUCUUCAGGUCACAUACACCAACUUCAAAAAGCCCAUGUACCAACGAGGCGGUUUUCCAGAUGUAGACCAGAAUGGCACCCGGCUUGACGAUCCUUGGGCUGCCUCAGAUGACGUCAACGCACCCUUUGACCAAGAGUUCUAUCUCAUUAUCAACUUGGCUGUGGGUGGUACAAAUGGUUGGUUCCAAGAUGGCAAGUCGGACAAACCCUGGUACGAUGCCUCGCCUACAGCCAAGAAGGACUUUUGGGACGCCAGGGAUCAGUGGUAUCCUACUUGGAAACAGCCGCAAGUUGAGGUCAGCCGUGUGGUUAUGAUGCAGCAGUGCAACGGCAACGAAAAUGUUGAUCUGUGA